AGCUCCAAGGAAUCCCCUUUUACUUUCGCAUCUUUAUUACCGCCGCCUUUCUGCGCUGUCUCCUCGGGAUCCGCGGGCUCCGUCCGGCCGCCCGUGUGGGUUGCUGCUGUUGGUGGGUGCUUCUUGCUUCGUUCGCCACGGCGGGGCUCCCGAGGAGUUGAGGCCUGAGGGGUGUACGGGUUGGUGGUGAGUUGUUGCCUUGUUGGUGAGCACUGUGAGGAAUGCAGGACGGAGGUGGUGGUAACCGAGUCCACCCAGAUUAGAUUAGCAGUGGCUAGCCAAGCUUCUGCUUUGUUUGGUCUCUUGACAGCCUGUGACAGUUCACAGUUGGGAACCCAAUGACAUCUUGAUACCCACUGCCUCAUCCUUCAGAGGGUGUCAGAGCCCCUCUGCAUUUGUUUGGUAUAAAAUCAGUUUGAUAGAAGAUGCCAAGGUCUGAAUCAGACAGUGAUGAUAUUUUCUUCGACGCAUUUGAAGAUGUUCGAUCAGCAAGGGAGCUUUCAUCCUCAGAGGAUUGCAGCACGAGUGAUGAUGUUUCAGCACCAAGGAAAUUUGAGUACGAGAUUUGGGCGAAUGAGCCAAUGAGUGUUCAAGAAAGACGUCAAAGGUUCCUUAAAGGAAUGGGAUUCGAUGAAUUUGUUUCUACCAGAAUGGAUUCUUUUCAAUGCCAUGGGGAAAUCACAGCAGUUGAGUCUUCCACCGACAUGGAGGAGAGAACUGUCAGCGGCCAUUCUUCCCAGGAAUCAUCUGUUUCUGACAAUGAAUCGGAAUCUGAUGGUGCCUGUUGCAUAAGGGAUAUGGACAGUGGAAAGAGAUAUAUAGUUAACAAUGGUGCGCAUAACAGUAUAACUGACAUGCUGAAGGAGGUUGGAUCAGAUAAGAUGAUGUCUCUCCUGAAGUUUGAGAACCUACUUGGCCUCUCUCGAUCUGUUCAAAAAUUGCUACGAAGGGGAUAUGGUAACAGUCUUGCAAGAGAAUCAAAAGGUGCUAGCAAAAAGGAUGACAAAAGUUUGUGGAAGAAAUUCAUGACUAAGAGAAGUUUUAGUGGGAUUUGCAAGUCUGAUGUCCAUGUGAAAAACUGCACGAAACGUGCACCAAUCAGAACAAAAGUUCAAUACCGGAAGAAAAAUUUUCUUGAAUUCUCUGCUAUCAACAUGGAUCAAGAAAUCAGAGCUCACAAGGGUUCAAUUAGGGUCAUGAAAUUCAGUCCAUCUGGCUGGUAUUUAGCAAGUGGAGGUGAAGAUUGUGUUGUAAGAAUAUGGCAGAUCAUAGAAGUAGAAGCACCUCCUAAGUUGUAUAAGGGAGAGGAUCCCUAUGAAAAAGUGGAGAAAGUUCAAGUCUUUAAGACAAAUACAGGAAAGGGGCAGAACCAUGCACUUGCAGUUAUACCCAAGAAAGCUUUCCGAAUUUCAGAGACUCCGAUGCAUGAAUUUCAUGGCCAUACUAGUGAUAUCCUUGAUUUGACAUGGUCAAAGUCAGAUUAUCUCUUGACUUCGUCCAAAGAUAAGACAGUGCGCUUAUGGAAACCUGGCUGUGAUGGUUGUCUUGCAGUUUUCAAACACAAAGACUAUGUGACAUGCGUCCAAUUCAACCCUAUUGAUGAGAGAUACUUCAUCAGUGGUUCAUUAGAUGGUAAAGUGCGCAUUUGGGAUGUAUUGGACAGGCGAGUAACUGACUGGGCUGAUACUCGGAAUAUCAUAACUGCUGUGAGUUACCAACCAGAUGGAAAGGGUUUCGUUGUUGGCACGACUGCAGGAGCAUGCCGCUUCUACAAUCAAUCAGGUGAAAACAUCAAGCUAGAGAAGGAAUUGUUUGUGCAAGGGAAGAAAAAGUCAUCUGCCAGUCGGAUCAACAGUCUGAAGUUUUGUACAAGUGAUUCCAAUAGGAUUAUAAUCACUUCGGCAGAUUCCAAAAUUCGAGUUGCUGAUGGUGAUAGCAUCAAAAAGUUUGAAGGGCCAUGGAAGUCGAAGGCUCUAUCAUCGCCGUCUUUAACAUCCGACGGCAGAUACCUUAUCUCCGCCGGCAAGGAUUCCAACGUCUACAUCUGGAACUUUCCCAACUCCGGAGAUGCCAAAUCAGUUCACUCCUGCGAGCUGUUCUUCUCCAAGGACGUGACCAACGCAGUGCCAUGGCCUGGCGUGCACCAAGACGGGCACACCAAACCUUCCUGCCUGACCGAGAAAUCCUCCAGCGCGCCCACUCUGCGCCGCCACGGGGAGCCCCUGUCCCCUGGGCCGUGGCCCUUCGCCGACGGCACCAAGGGGUCGGCGACAUGGCCGGAGGAGAAGCUGCCUUCUGCCGGGAAGCCCGAGAGCAGCCCGCAGCUGGGCGACUGCCUCUCCGCGAUCUCCGCCGCGUGGAGCACGGUCAUCGUGACCGCCAGCCGCGACGGCGUGAUCCGGUCUUUUCCCAACUACGGCCUUCCUGUGAGACUCUGAAGGCGCUGCGCGACCGGUUUGAUCCGGUCAGUGGAGUGCAGCACUGCAGCCGUUGUUGGUGACUGAUAACCCCGCUAACUUUCUGAAGUUCUUUUUUUUUUUACAGAAUUCCUAGAAAUUCUUUUUUUAGUGUAAGAUUUGUUCAGAUCAUGAACUUCUCAUGAAGAAGAGACGAUCUGUAGUCGGUCCAAGUGCAAACACUUGUGCUGCUGCCCAUAAUUUUUUUGCUGAAUGGUUGUUAAGAGGUAAAAAAAUGUAACCAUUCAGUUAUUACCUGUCUCCGAGGCACUCCUAAGCAGUAAGUACUCUGCAAUUAUCAGAUGAUGCAAUGGCGUUGGACGUUGCUGACGUCAAGAGAGCCAAGAUGGCGCCUUCCCGAGUAA